AUGAACUCGGUCAAAGCUCCUAAUGACCUUCGCGGUGACAACGCGUCGGUGCCGCCAUCUAAAUUUCAGCAGCUCUUACAGAAGAGGACGGAGCAGGCGUUGGCUGAAAAAAGAAUGCAGGAAAUCAAAAGUGCAGACAUGACGCGCGCUCAGCUCAAUUACAAGCCCCAACCAUCUCAGCGGUUUCAGCAGAUGCUCAAAGAUAGGAUUGAAAAGGUUUUGGCCGAGCGGAAAGCUCCGUCGUCCUCUCCAACAUCUACUUCUAUGGAGUCUGACUGUAGGGACAGUAGUGAGGUAAUUGCCGGCCCUAACCCCCUUAGUCCUGAUAUCGCGGCUCCAGGACAAAAAAACUCUACAUCUAGUACCGUGGAGGAACACAGUCGAGUGAGCCCUGAAAAAGCUGCAACACCAAUGCCGAAGUCUAAUUUGGUGCUCGAAGGACACAAUGAGCAACAGAUAAAUAAGCGAAGCCCGCAAUCAGAACCAUCAACAAUUCUUCUGCAACAACAAAAGUCCAGCCAUCAGCAAGCCCGACAUCCUCACAUUCAACCACGGCUCGCUACGGAUCCAGGAAAGCUCAAACCUAUAUCAGUGUCUAACCAGAACUCUCUGGUAGGAGUGAAAAGAAGAAUGGGUUCUCUUACGGUUACGGCAACUACCACCGUCGCCGCCACUACUACUCAAGUCUCUAAUGAAAGCUCCAAUGUGACAGUAGUGUCACUUGCAACUCAAGAAACCAAGGAGACACGAGUCGCGCAAGCGACUCAAGAGGCUCGUGAGCCUCCUUUGAAGAGAAUUAAAAAAUCCACUCCAACAGGUGACAAUUCUGCUUGUACCUGUUCUAUCUCUACCAAGUGUGAGGUUGCAGCCAACAAUGGAGUCAAAGACUGUCGUACAAUCCCGCAUCGUGUGAUUCGAAAGAGUUUCAGUAAACCAAAAUCAAUGAGCCAACGUCACGAGUACAUCUCCAAGAGACGCCAAACUGAGAUUAGCCGUUCAAACUCAGAGAUACUCGAGAUCCUCCCGUUGAUUAAGAAAAUUGAAGCAGGCGCCGAUCUUGAAAGAUCUAUUGCACGCCUGAGGGAUCGAAUCCAUUUCCUUGAAGUCUACGAGAUACCCGAAUCAUCUAUCGAAUCCAUAAAGGCCAAAUUUCUCGAACCUCAAAACGGCCUACCUUCCAUCAUCAGGAACCACAACUUGAUUCCAUGGGACAUCCGUCUUGAUUGUCACGCAAUUCUGAAGAGAAUGGAGAAGGGAAAUUUUAAUGUGGAUAUUUCGCGUGGUAUCCUGACGAAAAGAACCUUUAGAGAAAACGGACGAAGCUCAGUUUCUCGAGUCCUUGACAAAAACUACCCUUUCAAAGAGUCCGCAUUUGUGAUCGGAGACAACCACCUACGAAAUGGCCAAUGGUUUCCUUGGCAGAUUUGUGCUCUACGAGAUGGUGCACACGGAGACAUUGAAGGUGGAAUUUCUGGAAAUAAGCUGACUGGUGCUGUGUCAAUUGUUCUCAGUUCUUCCGGUGGAGGUGGGAACCAGAUGUAUGCUGAUGUCGACCAAGGAGAUACAGUAUGGUACUGCGGAACUAGAGGCAAGAACGGAGAGGUCUCUGCAAACACAGCUCUGCUUCUCGAGGCUGCCAACAGAAAGAGUGAUAUACGUGUUCUUCGAAGCUCAAAGCUCCCCAAGGUGAACCCCUACAGACCCUCUGAAGGAAUCAGAUAUGAUGGCCUGUACAAUAUCUGCGACUACGAGAUUCUAGAUCAGCAGACUGCUUUGCACCGAUUCAAGCUUGAGCGUGUCAAAGGUCAGACACCCAUUCGAUAUAAGGGACCUGAAAUUCGUCCCACUACUCGUGAAGUCGAAGAGCUUCGUAAAGCCUACAAGCACAAUGCGGAAUCCAAACCGGCUAAGGAAACAAAAGUGAAGCAACCUGUUGUUACACCAGCGGUCGAGCGGCAGACAUAA